AAAGAGUAUGAUAAAAUAGUACAGCGCUACUCGUAGCCUGGUAUUUGGACAUACUGUUUUUUAGUGAGUGCGGUGGUAUGAGACUGUUUCCAGACGUGUCCAAACUUCCAUGUUGACAGAGUGAAUGCGUCGAGUGUGUGUGAAAAGCGAAAAAAAGAGAAGGGAAGAAGGGAAAAGGGGAUCCUUCACACACUUUCAAGGUGGGCAACGUUUGGAGUUAGGAAGUGCACGCGCUGCAAGAAUGUCAGAAAUAAAACUAGGCUUGGUAUCUUUUUUUUUUCUCUAAGAAGUAGUAGAAUACUUCCUGAAAACUACUAAAAGCCUGAAAAGUUGGUUUUAACUUUGACUUUGAUAGGAAGUUCUAAAGUUUAAAUACGGUUGACUUGAGGAGGAAGACUAGUAACACAGCGUGCGCACGCGACCUUUUUGGGUUUAUUUCCUGGUGAGAUUUUUUUUUGCUAACUGGCUCGCGUGCGCGGCAACGAAGAACAUUCUCGACGUGUAUAUACUAUAAAAUAAAGUGUAUUUUCUAUAUUGUUAUGACUCAGUGAAAGUAAUAGCUAGCUACCGUGUUGUUGGAGCUAACUAGAGGCUAGCUGUCGCGUUGUCUGGUCUGUCAAACCGUCGUGUUGGUGUUUGCUAGCUAACCAGCUAAUUAACGGAAUUAACUAAGGCUAAGUCUUUCUUCUUAUGACGUAUUGGUGUUAAUAUGUUUUUUUUAGGGAUUUAAAUUAAAAAUAGACAAGUAGGCAGUCUAAAAAAACACGAGAAACAGUCGAAAGUGUUAACUACGUCACUGAUAAUUACUGUUAGAUAGUUAAUUAGCGUUUUUUUUUUAAAACAAAUGAUUUAUCCGUCCUCGUGCGUUUGGGCUUGGAAGGAUGUGGAAGCGGGAUGUUUAUGAUGCACUAAUUCAGCAGAUGGCAGUAGCACGGAGGGCUGUCCUCAUCCUGGAUGUGAUGCUGAAACAAUAAGGCUCACAGCACCACCACCACCACCUCCACCACCACCACCAGCACCAGCACAAGCAGCGGUGUAGUAAAAGCAUCGUGUGCAUGGAGUCCAGAUGCGGCCGCACGCGCCAGAGGUUGCUCCCGUUAUCGCCGAUGUGAGUCAGCGCGAGCGCCUUAAACGCGCCUCGGUAGUGAAAUUGGCUCAUCUGUAAUCAACCGCCACGGACUUCGAGACUCAUCCCGCACAGCCGUGUCAGCGUCAGCCCGCGCUCAUGGCGGAGUUCACGGAGAAACCAGGAAGCGGCGGCGGCUGCGCGGACACGCAGCGCGAGCUCACAGGCUCGGGCUCGAGCUCGGUAUCGGUAUCGAACGGCGAUUGUGGACUUGCACCAGAGCUGACUGGAUCAGCCGGAGCGGAUAACGCAUCAGACUGCAAACCUGGAAUACCCCGCAAGGCCAGCAUCAUCAAGGAUGGGUCAAGGCAGCGCAAGGAGCGAAAGAAGACCGUCUCCUUCAGCAGCAUGCCCACGGAAAAGAAGAUUAGCAGUGCUAGUGACUGCAUUAAUGCCAUGGUGGACGGUUCCGAAUUGAGGAAAGUGCGGUCCAAUUCCAGAGUUUACUAUCGAUACUUUCUGCUCGAUGCAGACAUGCAGUCUCUCAGGUGGGAGCCAUCGAAAAAGGAGUCAGAUAAAGCAAAAAUUGAUGUGAAGUCCAUUAAGGAAGUGCGAACUGGUAAGAAUACGGACACUUUCAGGACCAAUGGUGUUUAUGAUCAGAUUUCAGAAGACUGUGCAUUCUCAAUUAUUUAUGGAGAGAACUAUGAGUCUCUGGAUUUAGUUGCAAACACAGCUGAUGUAGCUAACAUUUGGGUGACGGGGCUCAGGUAUCUGAUAUCCUAUGGGAAACAUACCCUGAACAUGAUUGAAAGUAGUCAGAACAACCUGCGCUCUUCCUGGCUCGGGGAGCUCUUCGAUGAGGCCGAUGUUAGCAGCAGCAAAAGUAUAAGUCUUUGUACUGCUGUACAGCUGACCAAAAAAUUGAAUCCUGGACUGAAAAAUGUAAAAAUAGAACUCAAACUCAAAGAGCUGCAUAAAGCAAAAGACAAAAUUGGGUGUGAUGUUACAAAGGAAGAAUUUGUUGAGAUCUAUCAUGAUCUUUGCACAAGACCGGAAAUAUAUUUCUUGCUUGUUCAGUUUUCAAGCAACAAAGAAUUUCUUGAUACCAAGGACUUGAUGAUCUUUUUAGAGGCAGAACAAGGCAUGGCUCAGGUGAGUGAAGACACAAGCUUAGAGGUUAUUCAGAGGUAUGAACCGUCAAAAGAGGGGCAGCUCAAGGGCUGGCUGUCAUUAGACGGAUUUACAAACUACCUUAUGUCCAGCGACUGCCACAUUUUUGAUCCAGAACACAAGACAGUAUGCCAAGACAUGAAUCAGCCUUUGUCGCACUAUUACAUUAACUCGUCUCACAAUACCUACCUAAUUGAGGACCAGUUCCGGGGUCCCUCGGACAUCACAGGGUACAUCCGUGCAUUGAAAAUGGGAUGUAGAAGUGUAGAGCUUGAUGUUUGGGAUGGACCUGACAAUGAGCCAGUAAUUUACACUGGUCAUACCAUGACGUCGCAGAUUGUCUUCCGCAAUGUCAUCGACGUUAUAAACAAAUACGCCUUUGUAGCAUCUGAAUUUCCUCUGAUUCUGUGUUUGGAGAAUCACUGUUCCAUAAAGCAGCAGAAAGUAAUGUUUCAACAUCUCAAAAAAAUCCUUGGGGACAAAAUUCACACUGAUUCACCCAAACCUGACGACAGCUACCUUCCCUCCCCCAAUGACUUGAAAGGCAAGAUUCUUUUGAAAGGAAAGAAGCUAGGGAGCACCUGCACAAGCUUAGAGGGUGAAGUGACUGAUGAGGACGAAGGGGCAGAAAUGUCUCAACGAAUGAACAUUGAAGGAGGGGAACAGCAGACUGUUACUCAAGCUAAAAAGUUUCAGCUCUCCAAAGACCUCUCUGACCUGGUGACCUUGUGUAAAUCUAUUCAGUUUAAAGACUUUCAGACAUCAUUCCAGAACCAGAAGCAUUGGGAGCUUUGCUCUUUCAAUGAGGUGUUUGCUAGCAGGUGCGCUAGUGAUUUUCCUGGUGAAUUUGUAAAUUACAAUAAGAAGUUUCUUGCUAGGGUUUACCCUAGUCCAAUGCGAAUUGACUCAAGCAAUAUGAACCCUCAGGACUUUUGGAAGUGCGGUUGCCAAAUAGUUGCAAUGAAUUACCAAACUCCAGGUCUGAUGAUGGACCUGAACAUUGGCUGGUUCAGGCAAAAUGGCAACUGUGGCUAUGUCCUUCGUCCAGCCAUAAUGAGGGAGCAGGUGUCUUAUUUUAGUGCAAAUACUAAAGAUUCAGUGCCCGGAGUAUCUCCACAACUCCUUCACAUAAAGAUCAUCAGUGGACAAAAUUUCCCCAAACCCAAAGGCUCAGGUGCCAAAGGUGAUGUCGUAGACCCUUAUGUAUAUGUCGAGAUCCACGGCAUCCCUGCUGAUUGUGCCGAACAAAGGACUAAAACCGUCCAUCAGAAUGGAGACAACCCCCUUUUUGACGAGAGCUUCGAGUUUCAGAUUAACCUUCCUGAGUUAGCGAUGGUACGCUUUGUUGUUCUGGACGACGAUUACAUUGGGGAUGAAUUUAUUGGUCAGUACACUAUUCCUUUCGAGUGUCUACAGCCAGGAUUUCGCCAUAUUCCCCUUCAGUCAUUAACGGGUGAGGUGCUUCCUCAUGCCUGGUUGUUUGUCCAUGUGGCCAUUACCAAUCGACGUGGCGGGGGAAAGCCCCACAAAAGAGGGCUGUCUGUCCGCAAAGGCAAAAGGAGUCGGGAGUACGCCACCAUGAGGAUACUGCUCAUCAAGGCGGUUGAUGAGGUUUUUAAGAGUGCCAUACAGCCGCUUCGAGAAGGAACUGACCUCAGAGAGAACAUGCAGAACUCUAUAGCAUCGUUUAAAGAGCUGUGUGGUUUGUCAGCGGUGGCCAAUCUGAAACAGUGCAUCCUGGCUCUGUCAUCUCGUCUCACGGGUGCCGACAACAACCCACUUGUGCUGUUCAACCUGAAGGAGCAGUACCCCAGCAUGGAGGCCCAGGGGCUGCUGCCUGAAGUCUUAAAGAAGGUGCUCGCUGCGUAUGAGUUGAUGAUCCAGACGAGUAGGACGCUGCUGGAGAACUCGGACGGCGUCUACGAGAGGAUACUCCAAGUGCAGAAAGCAGCUAUGGAGUUCCAUGAGAAUCUUCAUGACAUGGCGGUGAAGGAGGGUCUGAAAGGCAGGAAGCUCCACAAGGCAGUGGAGAGUUUCACCUGGAACAUAACUAUUCUAAAGGGCUACACAUUCUGGAUGUCACGGGUACCUCGCCUGCAAUACGCCACCUGAAGCAGGUGCUAUUUAUGAGAAGUCGUUUCUAAAUAGCCAACAUGAACAAACACAGCUUUUAGGGUACAGAUUUUUGUUUUUUUUGGUAGAGCUGUCUUUUUUUUCCCCUUGAAAGUUGCCAUACAGGGGAGUAUAAAACAGAUUUUAAAGCAGAUUUCAUGUCCAGAGUAUUAGUUUUUAGCCUAGUCAGUUUCUGGGCAACCAGAUCAUGGGACUGGGCAGCACACUGGAAGCGCACUUGACCAGUGGACUGCUAAUAAAUGUAUGAUUUGUUGUUAGCUGGCUUCCUGAUGUGGAGCAAACCACUCUGAAGCUGUAAGCACAACAUGGAGCUUUGCAGCAUUCUGCUGCGUCAUGCAAGUAAGCUGGUUAUCUGCAACUUAAUUUAGACUUUUCACACAGUUCUGAUGUAAGAAAGUUUCAGAUGCCUGCAAAGAUCCAGCUCAAGCCAGUUCGAACAAUGAAGCAGAUCUCUGUUUUGAUAUAACGACAAAAAAAACUAUGAGCCCCAGUCAGAAAAUGAAAUUUCACUUAACCAUUUAAAUGUGUCGUAAUAGAUAUGGACAUAAACUGGACAGAGAGUGACCCUGGAGAUUUAGUUCACUUAGAAUUAGAAGUUUAAAUGGUUUGCCUUGUAAUUAUAUCCACUUAAUGCUGAAUAUAUCAGACCUUUCCACUGUAAUAAUGACUACUUAGCCUUUAACACAAAUCACAUUUGCAUGUGCUAAUUAAACAUUACACUGCGUGCAAAAGCUGCCCUUUGAUUAAAGCGCAGUUCCUCGGUCGUUUCCCGUAAGGUCAUUCCUGUUGUUUAUCCUGGCGAAGAACUUUGCCAGACUACAUAAUUAAUUAGAGAGCGUGGCCAGAGUGAGUGAGUCUGUGGAGGAUUUUUAGGUUGAUCGUCAGUGAAAUCUGUCAGCUGUGCAGAGUCAGUCUAAGAGUGUAAGCGCUACAGUGUCUUAUUAGAUUGGAUGAAUGUUAGAAAAAUCUAUUCCUUUGACAGUUCCAGAACUUAAUGUUCCUAAAGUUUAGCCUUGACGUUUUUUUUUUUUUUUUCCUCAUUUCUUAUUGAAUUACACAUAUUAGUUUUUGCCUAGCCAGUUUGCAAACUGCAUUCUGUUGCCCUUGGGAUACAUAAAAUGGCAUUAUGUCAGUCGACUGUUCUCGCUAGUGUCAUAAUAGUACAAUUAAAGAAAAUCAUUUUCUACGUAUUUGUUUUUUAUUCGUUUUUUGUCAGCAGAAUCACUAAUAAUUAUACCACAUGACAAUUCCUGCUUUUCGUGAUGCUGCAUCCGGGUGACGUUCCAUGCUUCUCGCAUUUCUUCAUACGAUUCUGUCCCGCUGACCAUCUCGGU